AUGGCUAGAAAGAUAAGAAAAAUAGAACUUGUGAGCAUUGUGGUACCUAUUCGAGCACCCAUUCAAGAACCCAUCCAAAUUUCUGCUCAAGAACCUAUUCAAGUACCGGUUCAAACUCUAGUUAUUCAAACCUCAAAGUCCACAGAUCCUAAUUCCCGGAGGACGGAUCCAGAUGCACAUGAUCCAAGACCUUUAACGAAAGAGGAGGAGCAAGAAUUUGCAGAAUUCUUUGAUGAACCCGAAAUCAAGACAGAGUGCCAAGUAAAGAAAUCUUCUCGAAUAUUACAGCCAGAAAAUAAACCUACUAAAAAUCAAGUUAUAGACUCUCCUAAAGCCGGUUCAGGUCCAAAAACUCAAGCUUAUCGUGAUAGAAAAAACGAACAAGCUAAAAAUAUUUCUUUGGAAAUAGACCAGACAAAUGAAGAAUUUGAGUGUCUUAUAUUUAGAGAGCAAAAUAUGGGUCCAGCAGUAAAAAGACGAGCUGUAGUUGUACAUAAUGCAAAAGUUUCAAAAUUUCAUCCAGAUAAUGGAAGUGAUAUAAGAAAAAUACUAGAAAGUCAAAGAAAACCAUUUCGUGAAUUGCUUGAGAAAAAGUUUGACAAACGUGGUCAAUUCAAAUUUUCAUUAUGUUCUCCUAUAUCAAGUAGAAGAACGAGGAGGAAAAUCUAA